AGCAUUGAAUCGACUUUGAUCUCUAAGAAAGAGUCAUUCAACAAGGGCUCAGGCUGGAUUCGUCUCGCACUCUUCUGUCAUGUCUCGAAAGAAGAACCCCAUCAAAGCAUCGGAAAUCAGAAUUGAGCCCAAGAAGCCGCCCAAGAAAGCCAAAGUGGUCAUUGCCUGGGAUGACUAUUUUGGAAACGGAGACUUGGAGGACUGGCAACGCCUGAUGCGCGAUUUGGGCUUCCAGCAGGAAUUCCCCAGUAAGCAGAGAUGCCGCAGAACUCUGAGGAAGGUCUGGGUGAACAUUCCCGAUUUCCUUCGCGCGGUCGCAUCGAAACAGCCGGUCUACCGGUUCUCGACACAGCACGAGCUCUCGGAGUACACCUUAAAGAACAAGAAACUGUUUCCAAAGGACCAAAUCCCGGAUGGCAGUCCACUCAGGAAACUCCUCGCACAUAUUCGAUUUCCCAAGAUACAAGAGAGUGUAGUUACUAGAGACGGAAUCGCACAAACCCAGCAACGCAAGGUACAAAAGAAUGCAGUCGCUCAAGACGAAAUCGACGCCAUGAUCGAGAGACUAGGAGGGGUGAGGAUCUAAACAUGGCUGUUUGAGACGUGGGGGAGCAGAAAUCUGA